AUGACGACACGGUUGACGCUACAAGAUAUCCUCUCUGACCUCUCGACGCUGUCGUCGGGUGCAGGCUCGUCGAAUGCGAUGCUGACGACGACGACGGCGGCGACGGCGGCGACGGCGGCGGCGGUAGGGGGCGACGAGUCGAGACGGUACAUGGAUCGGGCGACCGAGUGUCUUCGGCUCAACUCCCAACUCGUCCCUCCCCAUUCUCACCCGCACUCCAACGGCUACGACAGCGGAGAUGGAGAUAGGAAGGAGGACGGUGUGACGAGGUUGGAUUACCUCCAUUCCACCGUUGCUCGGCUGCAGACCCAGGUCGAGGAUUGGUACCGAGGUCUUCAGGGCGGUCUUGAUGCUCUCCAAGGUGACUCCCGGGGUAGGGAGACGCUGCAGGAGGAGGAGGAGGAGGAGCGGACGGUGGCGCCUGAACGGGCUGGAGAGGGGGUGUCGUCGCAUCGACAGGCAGACAACAUCGUCGACGACGACGAAGAAGAUCCGUGGGACCUCACCUAG